AUGCAACAACAGCAACAACCUAUAUACGUCCAACAAGCUCCUCCAACUAGUAAUAACGAUGAUUGUAUGACAGCAUGUUUGGCAGCUUUAUGUGUUUGCUGUACUUUGGAUAUGUUGUUCUAA